AUGGCAGAUGUCAACAACUCUCGUCUUAUCCAGCUGGAUCAUUACAUUCCAUCAGACUGGUAUACACUCAUCACUGAUCCAAACAGGGCAGACCAUGCUUCAAAUGUGUUUUUUCAUAUUCUACCCAAGAAAGGAAAGUUGAAUGACACCUACCAAAAGCUCAAGACUGUUCCACAUCUAUAUACAUUUAACCUCAAAGAAGAAAUACCUGAAGAGUUUCAUUACAAGCAUAACCGACGUGUCAUGCCGAUUUUCAUUGUCGCGGAAGAAGGAUGGACCAUUACAAAAAACAAGUCGAAAAUGGACAGUCACAGUAACCAUGGCUACAGUAACCAAUUCCCUGAUAUGCACCCCUUUUUUCUUGCCCAAGGACCUGCAUUCAAAGAAGGCUUUGUUUCAGAACCAUUUGAAAAUGUGAAUGUAUACUCUCUUAUGUGUCAUUUACCGGGCAUUAAACCAGCGCCAAACAAUGGCUCAUUACAAGCAGUGCAGCAUCUGCUAAAAGAACACAAACACGAUUAUAAAGUGUGGAUUGUAGUCAGUGUAAUUUCUGUUUUAGUUCUUUUGUUAAUGAGUUACGGUAUUGUCUCAUUUUGUGUCAAAAAUCAUUGUAGAAUAAGGCAGUAUGGGCAUAUAUAUGACUUAGGAACAUCAGAAUUGUUUGAUAUGUAG